UGGUUUUACGUAACAGCGAGCCGUGAAGUUAACUUCUGUUUAUAGCAGAGCACGAAGAUUGAGAUCAAGUCAAAAUGUUUAGGUCCGAUGGAUAUAUUUGGUGCCUUUCCCUUCUUUACGCCUGGGUGGUUUUCACUUCUGGAGUUUCUUCUCUAAAAGAGUCACGUUUCAUUGAUAGUCACGUGACUUGCACGCAGGACUUCAUGCAGCUUGACGUGAAAUUUAACUCGCGCCUUUGGCAAACUCUUCGGUCCAAGAUUGACAUGCAUCUUAACGAUGAUCACUGCAAACCUUUCCUGGUGAACAGUUCCCAUGUCUUAAUAAAGACGUCUCAUUAUAACUGCGGUACAAAGUCUGAGGUUACCCAGGAUCACAUGAUUUUCACCAACACGUUCAUCGCGCGUGAAGAGACUGGAACCGGCCAAGUGGUGUCGUUUUUCCCGGAUGUAGAAGUUACGUUUCGUUGCACAUAUGACAGAAAGAAAGCUCCUCUACAACUGGAUAAAAUGCGCACAAGUCCCGAGGAGGUCCCGACUUAUUAUGGGUUACCAGUUGAGCUAAGGUGUGCAUUCAAGUAUGGCGCCCAUCCCGUACGAGCUGUGAUCACUCAUCAAGGAAAAAUUGUGGCCAAACAGGACAAUAACUCACAAACGGUCACAGCUACUGUCAAACUUCUGAACAAGGAAUAUGACCUGUACACUUGCCUGGCUGAAGAUGCGAACCACAAGAAAAUAACGUACAACAUCGAGUUAAGAAUAAUUGAUCCAUCUUCCAUUUCACUCGGUGGUAGAGACAUCUCUUGCACGCGCGAUGAAAUGCAGCUGACACUGAAUCGUAUGACGUAUCCAUGGUUACACCCAAAGUACUUUGACAUGCAUCUCCUAGACAACAAUUGCCGACUUCUCCACGUGAAUUUCACGCACAUUAUAGUGAAAACUACAUACGGGGAAUGCAAGACAUCAAGGAGGAGUACAGCCGAUGGCGUCAUCUAUGGCAACAUCUUGAUGGCGUUUGUGAGAUUCCAACCGGGGCAAGUGAUCACCAGAGUCCCGGAUGCUUUUUUUCCUUUUCAGUGUCGCUUUGAUGCCAAGAAAAUGACGUCGGUUUCGUCGAAGACGAGCAAUCCAAAAGAGCCACUGACCCUGGUUAAAUCCAAGAGCAGUCCACCAGUUGUUAAAACCUACAAGAAAUUUGACACCAGACUGAUUUGCACGUUUAAAGGUGGACACCCUCCCGUCAACAUCACACUGACCAGGAGAGGGAGGAGGUUGACUGACGGGGUAGUAGUCAGGGGAAAGGUGUUGUACGGUACUGUAAAGACCAAUCAUUGGGCAGCAUUUGGCUCGUAUCAGUGCAUGGCGACGGACGCUAAAGGAAACCAAGUGAAGUAUAGAAUCAAUCUUCGAAAGACAGGACCCAAUGACUUGACGUCAGCAGGGGUAACAGUGACGUGUAAAGGUCAAUACAUGGAUGUGGCCUUGAACAGACUCGUGUACCCAUGGCUAGUUCCAGGGUCACUCCACAUGAAUCUUAUCCAAUCAAACUGCACUGCGUACAAUGUCACUGACAUGCAAAUCCGGAUCCAGGCCCCGCUCUAUGGAUGUGGCACCAACACACUCUGGAAGAAUAAGUUUGUGUUGGAGUCUCGUAACAUGUUUAUUGCCCGCGAGAAGCGACCACCUGGGUUCAGAAUCACGUAUCUGCCCGAUAUGUACUUUCCAUUUAUUUGUCGUUAUGAGAUAACUCGCUCAGGUGGGAAAACAGUUCUUAAAUCACUGGAGCCACUGACACUUGACCAAUCAAUGUCAAGUUCCAGCAAGAUAUUUUCGCCCCCCAACAUGGCUAUCAAGUUGAGGUGCGUUUUGCACGGAGGUGAGCCUCCAGUGCAGGUCAGCAUCAGCAGAGACAGGAAGAUGAUUGCGCGUGCGCAAAACAGGAUGUUGAGCUUUGUUUUGAGACCUCGCCACCGAGAUGGCGGUAGUUAUGUGUGCCAAGCGACCGAUGCUGGCGGGGAAACUGUCAGGCAUGUAAUAAGUUUGGAGGUUCCAGUCAACGGAGUUGUGUUUGACAAAGAAGCGGCAGAAAUUGAGUGCGGUUCACAGUUUACCUCUGUCACCUUGGACCGCGCUAAGUACCCCUGGUUUAACCCAGAACGAAUGCGUAUACAUCUCAAUAAUCCAGUUUGCGAGCCGUCCUUUGUUAACACCACGCAUGUCAGCUUUAAAAUGCCGCUGGGUGGCUGUGGAAGCAGGCACAUAACAUCCCCAAGGAAAGUUAUAUUCACCAACCGCGUGCUUUUUGUCGAGGAAGAUUACCAUCACGGUUACAGGGAGAAAGAAAUGAAGACCUUAAUGGAAAUUCAUUUUCUCUGUAAAUAUCGAGGCACUGAUUUCCUGAGUGAAAGCCUUAGCCAGAAAAGGAAGCGUCUUUUGUAAAAUAAAUAAAAGAAAUUGAGGAAUAGUUAUAGUUUAUUGUAUACAAGCAGACCAACAAGCGGGCGAGGAAUUAAACCAAGUCAAAAAGCAAGAGGCAGGGGAUGGAAGGAGAAGAAUGUAGCAAUGGUUUUGCCACUUCUCCCCUCCCCUCUUCUUCACUGCCACGUAGAUUCGCCCCCCAUCUCUUAGACUACUUCUUAACCGCCCCACUUAUUUUCGUUCAACUGUGAUUCACACUUAAAUUAGCAUUUAACGAUUAGAAUGACUAGAAUUUAACCAUUGCUUACCGCAAAAAUGUCUGCAUGUUGUAUAAUCUAUCUUAACCCUUUGAAUACCAAACUUUGCCUAAGCCUAAGUUUUGCUAAGAAAGCUUUUUUUU